GUUUUCUUCUUCUCCUUAUUAUAUGUGAUCCGUAUCAAAUACUUAAUCAUUGUUUACGUCAAUGCUUGACAUUAACAAAAUUAUCAUUAAGCUAAACAGAUAAGGACGCGAGAGAUAGAGAUAGAUAGUGACUAAUAUUUUUGAAUUAUUUAAUGCAGUUUGAGAGAAAGAGACGAGGAAGAAGAAGAAGAAGAAGAAAGGAAGUGACGAAGAAAGAAUGAGAAGACGAAGAAAGAGAAAACAAGAUCCGAUUCAAAAUAUGGAAACUUGAAUAUCUUCUUCUUCUUCUUCCUUCUCCUUUCUCAUCUCUCACUUUGAGGGUGAAUUUUGAUUUUGUAGAAAAUGGAUUCGAAGGAGAUGGUUGUGGAAGAAAUCAUGAGAAUUCACAGAUCUCUACCAUUGAGACCAGAGAUCGACGAUGUAGAAACGGCAACUUCUCUGAUACAAAACGUUGAAAAGGAAGAUCGGAAUCGUUUAGAAGCCAUUGAUAAACUUGUUAAAACCUCUUCCUCUGAGGUUCCUUUAGAGCUUUUCAAUGUGUUCAAGGAGAUGAAGAAAAGUCUUGUUCGUUUCCAGAGCACAGAACAGACAAGAGAAGCUACGAAAAUUCUCGAUCUGGAAUCUGUACACGUUGUGUUCGACGAAUUGAUUCAGAGAGCUUCUUUUUGCAUUGCUUCUCCCAACAGCACCACCGCUUUGCCUCGGUCUGUUCCGGUACCGGCGCCGGUUGUUUCUUCUGAUGAGAUUCCUUUCAAGUCAAAGGAAAUUAUCUCGCGUGACGAUACGUUUGUGAAGAAAGCUAAAUCUUCGUUUUAUAGUGAUGGGUUGUUAGCUCCUAGUAAGCCCCAGGUUCUGGAUUCAACACUUCAUCAGGCUAAGAACGUUGCAGGCAAUGAUGGGGAGAAGUUGAGUCUCAUAAAACUUGCUAGUUUGAUUGAGGUAUCUGCCAAGAAAGCUACUCAAGAGCUAAAUUUGCAGCACAGGCUGAUGGAUCAGCUCGAAUGGCUUCCGGAUUCUCUAGGCAAGUUAUCGAGUCUUGUCAGGCUAGAUCUGUCUGAGAAUUGUAUCAUGGUACUACCGGCAACCAUAGGAGGGCUUAUUUCUUUGACGAGGCUUGAUUUGCAUUCGAAUAGAAUUGGUCAGCUCCCUGAGUCUAUAGGAGAUUUGCUAAACUUGGUCAACCUGAAUCUUAGUGGAAACCAAUUAUCAUCUCUUCCAUCGUCAUUUAAUAGAUUGAUACAUCUUGAGGAACUUGAUUUGAGCUCUAACAGCCUCUCUAUUCUCCCUGAAUCUAUUGGUUCUCUCGUGAGCCUAAAGAAGCUCGAUGUUGAAACAAAUAACAUCGAAGAGAUUCCACAUAGUAUCUCUGGCUGUUCUUCCAUGGAAGAACUCCGUGCAGAUUACAACAGACUUAAAGCUCUUCCAGAAGCUGUUGGGAAGUUAUCUACCUUAGAGAUUCUGACUGUCCGUUAUAAUAACAUUCGGCAGCUACCCACAACAAUGUCCUCCAUGGCUAACCUCAAAGAGCUAGAUGUGAGUUUCAACGAGCUUGAGUCAGUACCAGAGAGUUUAUGUUAUGCCAAAACACUUGUUAAGCUUAACAUCGGGAACAAUUUUGCCAACCUAAGAUCACUCCCGGGAUUAAUAGGCAACCUUGAGAAGCUAGAAGAGCUUGAUAUGAGCAAUAACCAGAUCCGUUUCCUUCCCUACUCUUUUAAAACGCUUUCAAAUCUGCGUGUUCUUCAAACAGAACAAAAUCCACUUGAAGAGCUUCCAAGGGAUAUAACCGAAAAAGGCGCACAGGCCGUGGUUCAAUACAUGAAUGAUCUUGUGGAGGCAAGAAACACCAAAUCUCAAAGAACUAAGCCGAAAAAGAGUUGGGUUAACAGUAUUUGCUUCUUCUGCAAGUCCUCUACCAACUAGAGAAAACAGAGCAGCAUGGAGAUCCUCUAAACCACUCUGAACAAAUCCGACCUUUUAAUCGUCAGGCAGGACAGAAGAAUCCCGUCGUCUCCAGACAGUUCACCAUUCAUUCUUUUAUUCACAAUCACAUGAUUCUUCACACAAUUUCACUUUACUCUUCGUCGUGGUGUUUGUUUAUACCUCAAUUAUGACUGGAUCCUAAGGAAAAUAUAAUUGCAUUUGUUAAUCUCAAAGUGAUUAUAUUCUUGUUUCUCUAACUAAAUUUUUGUUUCUUUUGAUGUUGCAUGUAUUGAUUCAAUUAGAGAUCACGUCCACGAGGAAAAAGAUAUAGUCUUCACAUGCUAAACAUAGUUAAGGUUAAAUAUGAUUUUACUUACAACUAAACAAACUAGAUUCAC